AUAGUCACGUGGCCGCAGACUGCUAGCGCUCUGCUACUUCUAAGGAAGCCAAGGUCUGACUUUAGCGAGACCUGAAGGACAGACUCUCUGCUGCGAUGGGCUCUUGGAAGAGUGGUCAGAGCUACCUAGCGGCCGGGUUGCUGCAGAACCAAGUGGCGGUGGUCACCGGCGGGGCCACAGGCAUUGGAAAAGCCAUCUCCCGGGAGCUCCUGCACCUGGGGUGUAACGUGGUCAUUGCUUCCCGGAAACUGGACAGAUUAACCGCUGCUGUGGAUGAACUGAGAGCCUCUCAGCCUCCCUCCAGCAGCACUCAAGUCACCGCCAUACAGUGCAAUAUCAGGAAAGAAGAAGAGGUGAAUAAUUUGGUCAAAUCUACCUUAGCUAAAUAUGGGAAGAUCAACUUCUUGGUGAACAACGCAGGGGGCCAGUUCAUGGCUCCUGCUGAAGACAUCACUGCGAAGGGAUGGCAAGCUGUGAUUGAAACCAACCUGACUGGCACCUUCUACAUGUGCAAAGCAGUUUACAAUUCCUGGAUGAAAGACCAUGGCGGCUCUAUUGUCAAUAUCAUUGUCCUUCUUAACAACGGGUUUCCAACAGCCGCGCACAGUGGAGCGGCAAGAGCAGGUGUUUACAACCUCACGAAAACCAUGGCUUUGACGUGGGCCAGCAGCGGAGUGAGGAUCAACUGUGUUGCUCCUGGGACCAUUUACUCCCAGACUGCUGUUGACAACUAUGGCGAACUGGGACAGACCAUGUUUGAGAUGGCCUUCGAGAAUAUCCCAGCUAAGCGUGUUGGACUCCCCGAGGAGAUCUCCCCUCUGGUGUGCUUCCUACUGUCCCCCGCAGCAUCCUUCAUCACUGGACAGUUAAUCAAUGUGGACGGAGGCCAGGCUCUGUACACUCGCAACUUCACGAUACCAGAUCAUGACAACUGGCCUGUGGGAGCUGGGGACUCUUCUUUUAUCAAGAAGGUGAAGGAAUCUUUGAAGAAGCAAGCCAGGCUCUAAGCCAAGGAGACAGCCACCCAUUGUGUUUCCUGCGUGCCUUAACGUCCUGAGAAUGUUCGUACUUCAUAAGAACUUACGAUUUCUGUGGGGGAAAAUCACUUUAAUGUUAAUAGUUUUAUCUUUGUAAAAAACUACUCCCAAAAUAAAUGUAUCUUCAUGUUCAAA